AUGGGAAGUCCACUGGGAAACCUCGGCAAUGCGCUGGGUAACCUAGGUGGUAAUCUGGGUAACCUGGGUAAUAACCUGGGUAACCUAGGUGAAAACCUGGGUAAUCUAGGAGGUAACCUGGGAAAUAACCUGGGUGGACUUGGCGGAUCAGGAGAUGGGAAUGGAGGGACGGGAGGUUCAGCAGGAAUUCCAGGACCUGUUCCGCAAGCACCAGGAGGUCCUGCAGUUCCACCGAUGGGAAGAAUACCGGGACCGAUGAUAAAUGUGGGACCAGGUGGAGGACCUCUAGGAGGACCCGGCAACCCAGGAAUGAUGGGUGGAGGCGGUUGCUGUUGUUGCUGCCCUUGUCCUACCCAAUGUUGUGAGGUAAGCUUUCAUUGUUGUAAUAUUUUCGCUGAAUUCGCUCUUUUUCAGCCCUGUCUGCCACCGACAGCCCCGAUCCAUGUCCAAUGUCCCGUACGUGUGCCAGUGGGUGUCCCAUGCAAAGUGCCGUGUCCCUAUCCAGUGAAGAUCCAAAAGAGAGUCUCGGUGCCAGUACGCCAACCGGUCCCAAUCGUCCCCUGCCCUGUGCCCGUGCCAGCACCGUACCCGGUCCCGUGUCCUGAGCCCGUACCGUACCCUGUGAUCGAAGAAAUUGCUGUUCCAUGCCCUGUGCCAACUCCUGUACUAUGUCCGCCAUGCUGUCCCUGUCCUUGUCCUCCUCCUCCUCCAUGCUGUCCUUGUCCACCACCUCUUCCUCCUCCGUGUUGUCCUCCUUGCUGCCCCUGCGUGAGUCCUUUUGCACAAAAUUGUAAUUUUCAAAUUCAAAUGCCUGGCGGCUGCCCACCUUUCGGUGGGUAA